AUGAGUUGGGAUCAGCCUAUCCACAGCUUCAGCUAUCCAAACGGUGAACCUCAGACCCCGACGAGGACUCCUCCUACAACCUUCUUCGGUGACGCCGCUUUUCAGACUCCGAAACUCGAAUCAAGUUUUUUCGACCCCCGUGUCACAUGGGACACCUCCGAUCCAUAUGCCUCCAGCCCUGAGUUCCUCCGGACUCCUCAGAGAUUCGGUUUAAAUACCCCUCGUCUGCCAGAUCAAAAGCCGGCCCCGGAUUCUGCAGCCUCUGAUGCACAAAAUGGAAAGCCAUUGGACCCUCAGAUUGAGACUGUCAGGAAACGUCGCUCGUCGAAGCUCCAGGGAUCGGGUGAGGAUGGCUCUCGAACUGUCGACUCGACCAAGUCUGCUGCCUCUAUGCAGACCCCUCCGCCGAGUAGCGCUUCGAGAACCAAGGUCACAGAGUUUGGGGAUUUAAGCAAAUCAGGCCGUCGGCAGUCUUCAUCUAAUGCAGUAGGAGGGCAUUUGGAGACCCCAAGUCGGGUCAUGGGAGCAUCCCCUCGCUUAUUCGGAGGCCUUCAGUCUUCUCCAGACCCGUUUCAGCUUGGAACUAUUGAUCCGUCAGCAUCACCUUUCUUCCCGCAGCAGAGGCUGUUCUGGGAUCAUAGCCUGGACCAACACACGCGGGAUUUCGGUGUGUCUGGAAAUGAGCGCGGGCUGUUUGUUGACUCUACAAAGACAGAUGUCUUCCAUGCCAAUACUACAACGAAUCCACCCCAAGAAUCUCUCCAUAUCCCCCAAUUACCGCAAAUUGAAGGAAGUCUGGACCUUCCAGAGUUCAAUAGCACCAUCUAUGGCCUUGCCUCUGGCGCUCCAACCGACGCUGCUCUCUUUCCCGCUCCCUUUUCCACCUCACCCCGACUUGCCAUUCCCAAAGCGGACGACCCCGCACUCUUCUUGAGCUCCCCUGCCCGUCGAUUUGGGGGCCCUCAGCCUACACCAGAGAAACGGCUCUUCUCAAAGCAACAACGCCAACCAUACCAUCACCAGACCGAAGAGUUCAAGCGAGAAGAAUUGCGGCGUGCGCAAGGAUUCAACUCUCAUCUUUCCGAGUAUGAAGAGGAAGAUGAUGAGUACACUCCUCGACAGUCAAGACCUACAUUGACUCGUAGUCUCACUCAUAGUGCUGUGACAGCACCUCGUCCUGGAUCCGGUGGAACGUUGUCUUCUGCCAGCGGUAUUCGGAAAAGCCCGUCAAAAGGCCGCUCAUCCCCGAUUAAGUCCCUCCGUGCUCCGCUACCUAGGUCAAACUCGGUGGCCAGUGGAUUUCCAAGACGGUCUCAAUCGGUGGUUCUCAAGAUUGGCAAAGAUGGUCGAGCAAAGACCGAAAUGCAGCCGGUUCUUGAAGCGUCAACCAGUUUGACGGACCCUAUCAACGGCAUGGACUUGGAUGGUUCCGGAACGGAGAGCGAGUACGAUUCCGCGGAAUUCCCUGACUACCCAACCGCUAGCAGCCGCAACCCUUCCUUUGCCUUUUCGGAAGCCGGUGGACCUACGAUUGCCCGCAGCGACUCUGGCUCUCGGCCUCCUUCGAUGGGUUCUUACACCUCCUCACAGUCAGGCCGUGUCUCUCCCUGGGCUACCGCUCCUCGCGGGCCAUCCAGGAGGCCGCAGUUGAAAGCUACCCUAGAUGAUUGGAAGAGAACACCAAAGAGACAGUCUGCGAUCCUCCACUCGGAUCUGUCAUACAGCAGCGCCGCUUCCAUUCCUGGCAGUAUUGCAGAUACAACAGAGGAGGACACGGGAGAUGCCCAGCAUGCGCUUCGUAAGGUUUUGCGGGACAAGGGGCGAAUACCCCGAUCUCAGACCGUUGCAAGCUUUGGGUCACGAUCCAAUCGCUCGCUGCAGACUCUGGCACAGCUACAAUCGUCGCCCCCUCGUUUCGGUGCAGAGCUCGACGGUGACUCUCGGGAGCCGAAUACGUCCCCCACGACAGUCACAGACCCAGAUCUGGCGACACCCAGCACUGACCGAUACAGCAAUCCGAGCAAUGGCACCAGAUGCAUCUGCAAUUCUAUGGAUAACGGCGGCCAUCUAAUGAUCCAAUGCGAAUCCUGCAGCCACUGGUUACAUACCAAAUGCGUCGGCCUGGAACGGUCCAAUCUCCCAUCCGUCUACGUCUGUGUCUUUUGCGCACAAACCCCUACUCGGAAGAAUAGAAUCCGUGUACCUGUCAGCGGCGUCGGGCCCGCGCCCACCUCGCCGCUGGCGCAUAAAUCCUAUCGAUUUCGAUAA